AUUCAUACAAUGGAGAGAGUGCUGCACGUUCUUGAAUAGCUAUAUGGAGCCAUGGCUGAGCUGUGGCUCAUCGCUCUUAGCUCUAGACCCCAGCGGCACCCUUCUGAAUGCUGCGGUGUUGCUGCUCCUGCUCCUCUGUUAUCUGUGGCUGAAACCAUUUUUACCAACCUUCUGGGACAGAAGUGAUAUCCCAAAGCUACAGCACAGAAGCAGGAGAAGGAGGAGAAGUACAACACUUAAAGGUUGGAGAGCAAGCCUGAGAGAAAGACAGGAGGGGAGGAAGCUGCAUUCACUUCUGAAAAGCCCCCUGGGCCAGCUUCCUGAUACAACCCACUUCCGACAACUGCUGUGUCCAGAUCCCUUCUGUGAUGUGUGUAACACCACAACAGCUAAGGUCAGUCGAAUGCUCUCUCAGGCACCCCUGGAAGAUGCUGCUUAUGCUGUGACCAACUUGACUUCCACAGAUUCUGACUCAUCCAGCACACAGACCUACACCAGCUCAGCAGUCCUGCCAGGACACUCAGUCCCAGCCCAUGCGCCCGAGCCUUCUCUACCUCCACCCUCUAUUCUCUCACCUAGCCUGAUCACCUGUUUAGUGGACUCACCAUCACCUGUGCUGCUGGGUGACUUUCAGCAAGUGGAGCAUCCUUCUCCCUUAGAUUCCAAAUCCCCAGUGGACUGUUUUCCACCAGAGUCACUGGCCUCUCCCUGCUCCCUGCUAUGUCACACUCAGAAGGCAAAACCUGGUCUUCAACCAAGAAGCACUUCACCAGUUAGUUACAGUCCUGGUGGGUUCUCCACUAACCACCUUCAUACCAUGGAAGUCUCUCUUCAGGGACAGACGGAAAUCUACCUUGUAGAGCCUGGAAACCUUAAGAUUCUUAGGCCUGACAGCUGGGCCCUCCUGGAAAGGCAAAUUAAAAAGAGAGGUGAUUUGCUGCUGGGGAAAGGAAAGGGAAAACAAACAGAAUCUUUUCUAAGGCAACAUCAGCCAGAUUCCCCAGUGAAAAUUUCACAGAAAAGAUCAGAGUCAGCUGCUGGUCAACAGGACUCUGCAUGUUCCCUUCCUAUUUGGAGCAGUGAAGGUAAACCAGAGGGGCUACCCACACAAGUGAAGCCCCUAGGUGCUCAGAGCUUGGAGGAUCAUUUAGAACAAAAACACAGACAGUUCUUCUGGGGUCUUCCGUCUCUACACAGUGAGUCACUGAACCCCAUUGUGCCUGCCUCAGGUGAUUGUUCUUCAAUCUUUAUUUGUUUUAAUACCAUCUCCAGCACCUCAAAAGCCUGUGAAUAUCCAAACCCACCACAUCCUUCACCUCCACCUUUGCCCCACACACAACCUCAACCCUUGCCUCAAACUCUGCCCCAAUCUCACUCCCCCAAUACCCUUCCUGUGAAGAUCCAGGCCCAAUGUCUGUCCCUACCUCCAUGCCUGCUACCUUCUCCUGAAUGCCAGCCUAGAAGCUGUGGGGUGUAUUUUCACGGUUCCCAGGGUGAGAUACAAUCCCUUACACCAGCUGAAAUUGAACAGCUGGAAGUUAACGUACUGCAGAAAGUACAGGAGAGUGUGUGGGGCUUACCCUCUGUGGUCCGAAGAUCUCGGGAGGACUUCUGUCCUCCGGCUCCCAAGCUUUCCCUGAUCAGCCAGGCCUCCAAGGCUCAUAUGCCAGUUUCCAUCCUGCCUGGAGACUUCCCCUGCAGCAGUGAGCUGCGGAAGAAGCUAGAGCACCACCUUCGUAAGAGGCUUGUUCAGCACCGCUGGGGCCUGCCCCGAAGAGUUCUUGAAUCACUGUCAAUGAUGCAGCCACGGAGUGUGGUCCCUCAGGCCUCUGUGACAAAGGAAAGUUAUGGGCUCUCCUGGAUCUCUUUGUAUAAGGGUCAGAGCAGCAAGGACUUGAGUCAGUUUGAAACCAUGCAUGAGACAAACUCAGAAACGCUACCUUUAGAGGAGGCAGUGGGGAAGAACCAGGGUCACAGUCUAGUGAGUGGCCCCCAAAAUCUGAGUGCCCAGGACACGAUCACACAUGAUGCUCAGGGCUCUUACUCAGAGAAAGCCCUGGAAAGUCAAGCAGAGAAAAACUCAGGGGUCUCGAGUAUGAGGGUAAACCAGAAACAGCUUGAGAAAACCCUGAAAGUACACUUAAGUAAGAAGUUUGAGGAAAUCCAUGAGGGCCAGAUCCCUGAUGCUGUGAAUAAAUCAUGGCAUUCCGUCAACCUGACACUUCCCUUACCUCAGAAAUCCUCCAGUCACAUAAAGGGCAGAGGUGAAGCACCACUGCUGAGUAAGGGUAGCCAUCUGGACACCUCCCAAGAUAUUUCCUUCCUUAGUUCCAGCAAACAACAGAUGAUGGAAGAGCAUAUUACAACUUUUCGUAGGAGAAUGAUGUGGGGCCUUCCCCACAAAGUCCAGGAAUCCAUAGAAAUCUCCAACAUAAAGGAGGACCGGUACCCGGCUCUUUCUCAUUCUGAAUCUCCCUCAUCAGGCACCUGCCUUUCUGACUUGAAUUCUAAGAUGGGGGUCUGUAAGACCCUUAGAAGAAGCUCUCAUGCUUCUGAAGCACACGAAGUGGAAACAAAUUUGGAUGUGGGUCUUCCUCACCCUGCUACCUCACAAGUGGGCAUGGCAGGACUGGGGACCAGGAGGCAGUCACCCCAGACUUACACUGACCAUAAGCUGGCAGAGAACAUGCAGACAGGGGAGGAUGGCCCACAGGUCUCUAUGCUCCCCCGGCACAGCAGCACAGACAUGGUGGACCAGAAGCAGACCCUACAAGACAAGAGAUGCCACCCAGAGCCACCAAUAGGGCAGGCAGGGGCAGCAUCUGAUGUGAGUGACAUGAGAAUCAGUUCCUGUAGUGCCAAAGAGAGGCUUCAGAGCCAUGUAACAAUGCAGUUAGAGUAUCUGCCCAUGUGUGACGAGUCCAGGGACACUUUUAACGCAAAGAAGCUCAAGUUUCUUCAGUCACAGACAAGUAACAUCUCAAUAACUAGCAAAUCAGGGGCCAAUCUGAGGAAAGCUGUGAAGACAAGUAAGACAGAAACUCCCCUGAUCACUAAAAGGCCUCUACCAAGAACAGCCGUUCCCCAAGAUGUGAAAUCAUCAAAACUUAAAAAUCAGCUGCUUAAUGAGCUGAGGUUUAAAAUAGAGAGCAGGAAGAAGAGCCAGCCUCAGGGCCUUCCUGCGAAUGCAUUCCCUGCCUCCAAGAACUUGCAAAACCGGACCUUAUUCCAUCAUGACCACAGUGCCUCCCGUGGGAAUGUGGUGGCUUCCCGGGUGAUGCAUGCCUGCUUGGACAUUACAACAUCCCACCUGGAGCAGAGGCACAAGCCCUGGGUCCCUAAGCAAGUCUUACACAAGCAUCAAGACCAGAAAUUUUCUCCAGAAGCUGAGCGAGAGUGUCCUUUGAUACUCAAAGCACGAGACUUUGGUGGAGGGGAUGCCGGAAUGGACAUAUACCACCGCAGAAGUUGCCCUGACCAAGACCGGGUGCUAGAAAAGGCUCGUGGGGGCAAGUUCUCCCCACCUGUGUCACCAAGAGGACAGCCCCAUCCUGAAGAGCUCUUCAGAGAUAAGAUGAAACAUUUUUUCCAAUGGAUUUUUCCUAGUGUGAAGCACACAGGCCAAGAAAGCCCCAUCGAGAGCAGCUCCUCUGAAUCCUCAGUACAGAGGAGGGGCCCAGGUAGAGGGAGAACUGGGUUAAUCCAGAACACCAAAGACCAGAAAACUGCCACAAGAUUUGAAAAAGUCCUUCACUAGAAUUCGCAGGAAGGACAUUUUAUUCCCCCAAAAUAAUUCAUUUUGUGUUGAAAA